UACCUAUUUCAAAAGCAACUGCGACCUCCAACAGGUGUAGAGCAUUGUGUAAAGGCCAACCUCAUCUCUAACGAUCAUGUCAAUCUAGUUGUUGCAAAGACAACACUAUUACAAGUCUAUACAAUACGUUAUGAUCGUGUUACAACAACUACAUCAACAAGCAAUGAUGAUAACAAUAACAACAACAACAACUCUGAUGACAACAAUCAAUCGACAUCUACAACAACAACCAUUACAACAACAAAACCAACACUUGAACUUAGUAUUGAAGUCAACUUAUUCGCAUCGAUUGAAUCACUCAAUGUUAUUAGACUACCAGAUAGCUCAUGCGACUCUAUAAUACUAUCAUUCCGCGAUGCAAAGGUAUCGAUACUCAACUACAAUCCAGAGACUCAACAGUUGGACAUCUCUUCGAUGCACUUUUAUGAGAAUAGAGUCGACUUGAAGAAUGGUCGCGAGUCAUUCACCAACCCCCCGUUGAUCAAGGUGGACUAUCAACAGCGCUGUGCUGUGAUGCUGGUGUACGACCGCCACAUUGCCGUGCUGCCCUUUCGCCAGUCAUUCUCGUCGAUCCUAGACGAGGACGAUGACGACGACGAGCAGACGGGCGGCACCGCCGCCAACAAGGAGAGCUACAUCAUCAGCCUCAACAGUCUGGGCAUCGAGAAUGUCAAGGAUCUGUGCUUCCUGCACGGCUACUACGAGCCCACCAUCCUGUUCCUGCACGAGCCCAGCCAGACGUGGACCAGCAGGAUUAGCACCAAGAAGUUUACGAACGUGCUGACGGCCGUCGAGUUGAAUAUAUCGCAGCGACAGCAACCCGUUAUUUGGUCGAUCGAGUCGAUGCCCUACAAUUGCUACCGACUGGUGGCGGUGCCAGAGCCGCUGGGCGGCGCAGUCGUGGUCACUCCCAACAUCAUGUUCUAUUGCAAUCAAACAUCACGCUAUGGUCUUGGCUGCAACGAGUAUGCCAACACAGACACUGGUGACAGCUUCCAAUUCCCCAUCGACUCUGACUCCACCAACCUCGUCUUUACACUCGAUUGUUCAAUAUUCACAUUCCUCGAGUCUGAUCGAUUACUUGGAUCACUAAAGAAUGGUGAGCUGCUUAUCUUCCACUUGGCCUCUGAUGGCAGGAAUGUACAACGUAUCAACAUUACCAAGGCAGGUGCAAGUGUCCUAUCCUCAUCUAUAUGUGUACUCACUUCCAACUUGUUAUUCUUGGGCUCGAGACUUGGAGAUUCAUUGUUGUUGCAAUACACAGAGAAGGUGAUUGAUGUCGAGUCAACGGACAAUGUGGAGAAUCUAAGCAAUCCUUAUAAGAAACAAAAGUCUGAUGAAGUGUUUGAUAUGUUUGAUGAUGAAGAGCAACAACAUCUCAACAAAAAGAACAACAACAAUAGCAAGAGCAACACUGGCAACAACAAAGACAAGAAUGGUGAUGCGAUGGAAGACGACGACGAUGACGACAUAUUCAAUGAGAAGAAGAAUCAACUCAAAUCAUAUCAGCUGAACAUUUGCGAUCACAUUACAAACAUUGGACCAAUCAGUGACAUGAUCACCGGCGUCAGCUACGACUCGGCAAGUGUGUCAAAUCAAGAAUCAUACCAACAGCGCAAUCUAGAGUUGGUGUCUUGCAGUGGCCAUGGCAAGAAUGGUGCAUUGACAAUCUUGCAGAAUGGUGUCCGCCCUGAGCUUGUGGCCACGUUCGAGCUGGCUGGAGUGCGUCAGGCAUGGGCCGUCUGCGUGGACGAUCCUUCAGCACCCGGCGCACAAAAGAAGCGCACUCACGACUCUGAUGUUCUGGACAACUCAUGGCACACAUACCUCUUUGCCUCACUAGAGAACACGACACUUAUCUUCUGGACUGGCAAGGAGCUCAAGGAAAUCCCUGGCAAGAUCGAUCACGCCACCAUCACCAUCGGCAGCAUAUUCAAUCGCAAGAGGAUCGUGCUGGUCUAUCCCACUGGCAUCAAGUUGUUAAGUGGAAACUUUAACGAGGGCGUCACCUCGUUCACACCCUUCCACAAUGUCAACUGUGCACAUGGCUUUGUCUACUUCACUGAGAAGGGUGUGUUCCGCAUCAACCAGCUAUCCAAACAGAUGAACUACGAGAAUGAGUGGGCCAUCAGGAAGAUUGCGCUGCGCAUGACCUGCCACAAGAUCUCCUUCCACCCCGAGUCCAAGUGCUACGUGCUCAUCAUCUCGUAUCCCCAGGCGCCACAGACUGACGAAGACGAGGAGAAGGAGAAGGAGAAGGAGAAGUCUCGCAAGCCAUUGGUGCUCGAGGAGAAGUUCCAGGUGAAGCUGCUGGACCCAGCACGCCAAUGGACCAUCGUCGACUCGUUCUCGAUGAGUGAGAAGGAGACGGUGCUCACGGCAAAGAUCAUCCAGCUCAAGUCGCAAGAUGCCGAUGGAAUCAAGCUCAAGCCAUUCCUGUGCGUUGGUACUGCGUAUACGCUGGGCGAGGACACAGUCUGCAAGGGUCGCAUCCUGAUCUUUGAGAUCGUAUCGCAUCGAGAGCUCCAGACCGAGGAGACCACAGCCAACGAGGAUGGCGACGAAGAACAGGCACCCAAGGAGCAGAAGGGACCAGUCACAGCGCUGGCCGGUCUGUGUGGCAUGCUGAUCAUGACAAUCGGACCCAAGAUGAUCGUCAACCACUUCAAGACGGGUGUGCUUACUGGUGUGGCCUUCUUUGAUACACAGGUCUUUGUCAUCAGCAUAACAACCGUCAAGAACUACAUAUUGAUCGCCGACAUGUACAAGGGCGUCAGCUUCUUCCGUCUGAAAGAGGGCAAGACUCUGGUGCUGCUGGGCAAGGACUACGACCCAUCUUCCAGUGUGUUUGCAAGCGAGUUUGUAAUCAAUGACAAGGUGCUGUCAAUCAUCACCUCCGACCUGGACAAGAACCUCAAUCUACUCUCGUUCGACCCCACCGACAAGGGCUCGUUCGAGGGCAAGAUGCUGCUGCAUCGCUCGUCCUACCAUAUCGACGCCAGCACCUCCAAGUUUGUGCGCACACCCAUCCGCAGCUCAGACAACACGACCAAGAACGACAAACACAUGCUACUGUUUGGCACGCUGGAUGGUGCCAUCCACGCACUGGUACCAAUGGAGUUCAACAAGUUCCAAUUCCUCCAACAUCUGCAAUCAAGACUCUACCUGCUGCCCCAGGUGGCCGGCCUCAACGCACGUGCACAUCGUGCCAAGGACGUCCACGUCACCGUUCACAACAAACAGACUCCGCUGCCAUCCAUUCUCAAUGGCGACCUACUACACCAAUACCAUGCGCUAUCCAGGGAGGACAAGAAGUUAGUUGCGCAGUCACUUGGAGUGACCCCCAACGAGAUCGACAACCAACUCUCAUUAUUAUCCAACUCCUACAACAUG